AUGUCCUGCAUCCCAGUUUCUAUGGACAGGCUGAACAAUAAUAAAACAAUGACAGCCUGUGUCCACUGCCGCUCCAUCUUUGAUUUGGGCUCAGAUGAAGAGGUUUUUGACUUGAGAGAGGUGAAUCCGGUCCUGAAGGAGGCCGUAAACGCUGACCCAGUUGAUGAAUCUCAAGAAAACAAAAAUCCACAGAAUGAUGUCUGCGAAGAGGGCAGAACACUUAUCGACGUGUCAGACAAGAUGCUGUGCUCAGCCUGCAGGUGCUCCUUUAUUAACCGAGAGGAGCAGAGAGAGCACUACAAGCUGGACUGGCAUCGAUUCAAUUUGAGACGGAAGAUGAAGGGGUUGCCUCCCCUCCAGGCCGAAGAGUUUGAAAGAAAGACAGGAGCUGGAGACCUGUCAAGUAUCUCGGGCUCAGAUUCCGAUUCAGAGGACGAGGACUUGGAUAGUGAUGACGGGGGGACGGGCAGUAACGUUACUGGCACGGAUAACGAGAGUUCGGUUGAAACCCACUCAAUUGCUGGUCGACUCUCCAGUAAGGUGGUUCUCCAAAACGCUGCGGGAGAAUAUUUAUCUGUCUACCGAUGCGUGCUGCAAGGAAAGACUCUUGAGUCAGAUGACCAGCCUGAAGCAGUGACCUCUCUGAAGGCCAUAAGUAAGAAGACGGUGUGGGUCAUCCUCAUGACGGGCGGAGGCCACUUCGCUGGUGCAGUGUUUGAGGGGAAAGACGUCCUUCAGCACAAGACUUUCCACCGAUACACAGUACGAGCGAAGCGGGGCACAGCUCAAGGACUUAGAGAUUCUCAGAACCGGAGUCACACGCCGAAGUCUGCCGGAGCGGCUCUGAGGAGAUACAACGAGGCAGCUCUCGACGUUCAGGAUCUUCUUGUGACUUGGGCAGAACAAUUGAACAAGGCCUCUGCCGUAUUUGUGAGAGCCCCUAGCUACAACAGGAGCAUCUUUUUCGGGGGCCGCGCUGCUCCUCUUGACAAAAAAGACCCCCGGAUCCGCACACUGCCUUUCCCCACACGCAGAGCAACGUUUCGAGAGUUGCAGAGGGUACACGACAUGCUCUCUACUGUUCAGGUGUUUGGGAAAGACGCUGACAUGUCGGCAGUCGUCAGUCCAUCUAAGAAGGCUUGGAAAAAAUCUGUCAAACCAGCAGUGCAGAAAGUUACAGCUCAAGAGAAAACGCCUAGAGAAGAGAGCAACGAUAGCUCAGAUGAAGAAGAAGAAGAAGAAGAAGAAAAGGGGGAUAUCCAGCUGGAGAUGGUGGAGUUAACUUUAACAACACUGGACCUCAGGGAAUCUGAGAUUUAUCCCUCCAGAAACAGGAGAAGGAAGAAAAAGAAGAAGACAGCCAAAAAGCAAAACGAUGAAAUAAGUCACAUAGAAACAGAUUAUCAAGAAGGAGGGCUGCCAGGGGCUGCGACAGCUGAAGAAACAGAUACCCCACAGCUCAUGCAGUCUGUGAAGCAAAAGAGGACGAAAGCACAGAGUCAAAAACAGGUGGAUGAUGAGUGGUGGGAUUAUGGCGUAAGGGACGCUCUCUAUACAGCCUGCAAGGUUGGAGAUGUAGACGCCCUGUGCAGCCUCCUCCAGCUCCCUGAGGAGACGGCGGAUAGCCCUCAACAGCCUGAGGGGAACCCUGCCCUGCUCCCGAGCCCUGCGAAUCUUCUGAAUAAACCCAUAGACUCAUCGGGCUUCACCUUGCUGCACGUUGCUGCAGCAGCUGCGCAAAAAGAGGUGGUCAGAGAGCUGCUUGAUGCAGGAGCAGAUCCAGCCUGCAGGGAUUGCAAAGGCCAGACCCCAUACAUUGUCGCCCCAGACAAAGACACAAGAAACGUCUUUAGAAAAUACAUGGCUGAGAAUCCUGAGAAAUAUGACUACAGCAAGGCACAGGUGCCGGGGCCACUGACGGCGGAGAUCGAAUCCAAAAAGAUGGAGAAGAAAAAGGCUCAAAGGGCUCAGAGGAAGCAGCGGGAAAAAGAGCAGAAAGAGGAGAAGAUGAAACAGGAGUCGGAAAUGGAAGAGAAGAAGAAGUUUGUGUCUCUGACAGACCGUGAGAAAAGAGCUCUGGCAGCAGAGAAGAGGCUGGCAGAGCAAGUAGCUGCAACCGGAGUCGGCCUGUCUAAUAUCAAGAGGUGCUGGUCAUGUGGAGAGUCUCUGCUUGGGAAGAUGCCGUUUCAUUACUUGGAGUACUCAUUCUGCACCCCACGCUGCGUUCAGGCACAUCGAAAGGCAAAUGUUCCUCCAGGCAAGAACUAG